CACACCACAAAAUAAUUGUUUUUGUUUGAUGAAUUAGUAGGUAAAAGAAAGGGCCCACUUUAUCCAAGAAAUUCCGAGGUGUCAAAGCUUGAUUCAUCACAAAUUGAUUCGCUAUCCGCAGCAAUCAAAUCUACAUUCCUUCGCCAAAUAUCAUCCACACAAAACGCCCAACAAAAUCCCAAUCCCUUUCCCCCGCCCUUCUACAAACCAACUGCACCUCCCGACCCCUAAAUCCGCACUAAUCCCGAUCCCCACAAAAUGGCCACCGCCUUCGCUACCUCCUCUGUCGCCGGCCUCGGAACCGCCUCCCUCUCCUCUCCUUCCUCCAGAUCUCCCCGUCUAGUCUCCGGGUUCAUCAAGUCGCCCGUGGCCGCCAGGAAUCCGCUUAACGUAGGGCGUGCAUCCCGUGGAAGGUUCACCUGCUUUGAGAGGGAUUGGCUACGGAGAGAUCUGAAUGUUAUUGGAUUUGGACUGAUCGGGUGGAUUGCCCCAUCGAGCAUUCCGGUGAUCAAUGGGAAGAGCUUGACGGGGCUGUUCUUUGAGAGCAUUGGAACAGAGCUUGCCCAUUUUCCUUCUCCACCCGCCCUCACUUCUCAAUUCUGGUUGUGGUUGAUUACGUGGCAUUUGGGUCUCUUCAUUACGCUUACUUUUGGACAAAUCGGAUUCAAGGGAAGGACCGAAGACUACUUUUCAAAGUGAAUAUGUAAUAAUUCUUAAAAAGGAGAGAGAAUUCUAGUUUUUGUUAUUAUUAUUCAUGUUUAUAAGUUUAUAACUUAUAAGUAGUGUUUGUGUCCCCCAUUUUCUUCAUGUAUAAAUCGUUUCAACCUCCAAAUUUUGCUUCACUAA